AGUUCGUGGAGAGGGAAGAAUAUGGCCGCCGGGUGUGGUGAGAGCGACGCGCUUCCAGUCGUCGUCUCUUGCUUUCCCGUCCUCUGACAUCGCCUGCAGCCGAGUGGGCCCGUUCCGCCGGAGCCGAGGACCAGGUAUUCAAAUAAAGUUAACUGCAGCUUUCUGUGAAAAUGUCAGUUUUGAUAUCACAGAGCGUAAUAAAUUAUGUAGAGGAAGAAAACAUCCCUGCUCUGAAAGCUCUUCUUGAAAAAUGCAAAGACGUGGAUGAGAGAAAUGAGUGUGGCCAGACUCCACUGAUGAUAGCUGCUGAACAAGGCAAUCUGGAAAUAGUGAAGGAAUUAAUUAAGAAUGGAGCUAACUGCAAUCUGGAAGAUUUGGAUAAUUGGACAGCACUUAUAUCCGCAUCGAAAGAAGGGCAUGUACACAUCGUAGAGGAACUGCUGAAAUGUGGGGUUAACCUGGAGCACCGUGAUAUGGGAGGAUGGACAGCUCUCAUGUGGGCAUGUUACAAAGGCCGUACUGAUGUAGUAGAUUUGCUUCUUUCUCAUGGUGCCAAUCCAAGUGUCACUGGUCUGCAGUACAGUGUUUACCCCAUCAUUUGGGCAGCAGGGAGAGGACAUGCAGAUAUAGUGCAUCUUUUACUGCAAAAUGGUGCUAAAGUCAACUGCUCUGAUAAGUAUGGAACCACCCCUUUAGUUUGGGCUGCACGAAAGGGUCAUUUGGAAUGUGUGAAACAUUUACUGGCCAUGGGAGCUGAUGUGGAUCAAGAAGGAGCUAAUUCAAUGACCGCACUGAUUGUGGCAGUGAAAGGAGGCUACACACAGUCAGUAAAAGAAAUUUUGAAGAGGAAUCCAAAUGUAAACUUAACAGAUAAAGAUGGAAAUACAGCUUUGAUGAUUGCAUCAAAGGAAGGACAUACGGAGAUUGUGCAGGAUCUGCUGGAUGCUGGAACAUAUGUGAACAUACCUGACAGGAGUGGGGAUACUGUAUUGAUUGGUGCUGUCAGAGGUGGUCAUGUUGAAAUUGUUCGAGCGCUUCUCCAAAAAUACGCUGAUAUAGACAUUAGAGGACAGGACAAUAAAACUGCUUUGUAUUGGGCUGUUGAGAAAGGAAAUGCAACAAUGGUGAGAGAUAUCUUACAGUGCAAUCCUGAUACUGAAAUAUGCACCAAGGAUGGUGAGACGCCACUUAUAAAGGCUACCAAGAUGAGAAAUAUUGAAGUGGUGGAGCUGCUACUAGAUAAAGGCGCGAAAGUGUCUGCUGUAGAUAAGAAAGGAGACACUCCCUUGCAUAUUGCUAUUCGUGGAAGGAGCCGAAAACUGGCGGAACUGCUUUUAAGAAAUCCCAAAGAUGGGCGGUUACUUUAUAGGCCCAACAAAGCAGGCGAGACUCCUUACAAUAUUGACUGUAGCCAUCAGAAGAGUAUUUUAACUCAAAUAUUUGGAGCCAGACACUUGUCUCCUACUGAAACAGAUGGUGACAUGCUUGGAUAUGAUUUAUAUAGCAGUGCCCUAGCAGAUAUUCUCAGUGAGCCGACCAUGCAGCCACCCAUUUGUGUGGGGUUAUAUGCACAGUGGGGAAGUGGGAAAUCUUUCUUACUCAAGAAACUAGAAGAUGAAAUGAAAACCUUCGCCGGACAACAAAUUGAGCCUCUCUUUCAGUUCUCAUGGCUCAUAGUGUUUCUUACCCUGCUACUUUGUGGAGGGCUUGGUUUAUUGUUUGCCUUCACGGUCCAUCCGAAUCUUGGAAUAGCAGUGUCAUUGAGCUUCUUGGCUCUCUUAUACAUAUUCUUUAUUGUCAUUUACUUUGGUGGACGAAGAGAAGGAGAGAGUUGGAAUUGGGCCUGGGUCCUCAGCACUAGAUUGGCAAGACAUAUUGGAUACUUGGAACUCCUCCUUAAAUUGAUGUUUGUGAAUCCACCUGAGUUGCCAGAGCAGACUACUAAAGCUUUACCUGUGAGGUUUUUGUUUACAGAUUACAAUAGACUGUCCAGUGUAGGUGGAGAAACUUCUCUGGCUGAAAUGAUUGCAACCCUCUCGGAUGCUUGUGAAAGAGAGUUUGGCUUUUUGGCAACCAGGCUUUUUCGAGUAUUCAAGACUGAAGAUACUCAGGGUAAAAAGAAAUGGAAGAAAACAUGUUGUCUCCCAUCUUUUGUCAUUUUCCUUUUUAUCAUUGGCUGCAUUAUAUCUGGAAUUACUCUUCUGGCUAUAUUUAGAGUUGACCCAAAGCAUCUGACUGUAAAUGCUGUCCUCAUAUCAAUCGCAUCUAUAGUGGGAUUGGCCUUUGUGUUGAACUGUCGUACAUGGUGGCAAGUGCUGGACUCCCUCCUGAAUUCCCAAAGAAAACGCCUCCAUAAUGCAGCCUCCAAACUGCACAAAUUAAAAAGUGAAGGAUUCAUGAAAGUUCUUAAAUGUGAAGUAGAAUUGAUGGCCAGGAUGGCAAAAACCAUUGACAGCUUCACUCAGAAUCAGACAAGGCUGGUCGUCAUCAUCGAUGGAUUAGAUGCCUGUGAACAGGACAAAGUCCUUCAGAUGCUGGACACUGUCCGAGUUCUGUUUUCAAAAGGCCCUUUCAUUGCCAUUUUUGCAAGUGAUCCACAUAUUAUCAUAAAGGCAAUUAACCAGAACCUCAAUAGUGUGCUUCGGGAUUCGAAUAUAAAUGGCCAUGACUACAUGCGCAACAUAGUGCAUUUGCCUGUGUUCCUUAAUAGUCGUGGACUGAGCAAUGCAAGAAAAUUUCUCGUCACUUCAGCAACAAAUGGGGACGUUCCAUGCUCAGAUACUACAGGGAUACAGGAAGAUGCUGACAGAAGAGUUUCACAGAACAGCCUUGGGGAGAUGACAAAACUUGGUAGCAAGACAGCUCUCAAUAGACGGGACACUUACCGAAGAAGGCAGAUGCAGAGGACCAUCACUCGCCAGAUGUCCUUUGAUCUUACAAAACUGCUGGUUACCGAGGACUGGUUCAGUGACAUCAGUCCCCAGACCAUGAGAAGAUUACUUAAUAUUGUUUCUGUGACAGGUCGAUUACUGAGAGCCAAUCAGAUUAGUUUCAACUGGGACAGGCUUGCUAGCUGGAUCAACCUCACUGAGCAGUGGCCAUACCGGACUUCAUGGCUCAUAUUAUAUUUGGAAGAGACUGAAGGUAUUCCAGAUCAAAUGACAUUAAAAACAAUCUACGAAAGAAUAUCAAAGAAUAUUCCAACAACUAAGGAUGUUGAGCCACUGCUUGAAAUUGAUGGAGAUAUAAGAAAUUUUGAGGUGUUUUUAUCUUCAAGGACCCCAGUUCUUGUGGCUCGAGAUGUAAAAGUCUUUUUGCCAUGCACUGUAAACCUAGAUCCCAAACUACGGGAAAUUAUUGCAGAUGUUCGCGCUGCCAGAGAGCAGAUCAGUAUCGGAGGACUGGCGUACCCGCCGCUCCCUCUACAUGAGGGUCCUCCUAGGGCACCAUCAGCGUACAGCCAGCCCCCAUCUGUGUGCUCUUCCACGUCCUUCAAUGGGCCCUUCGCAGGUGGAGUGGUGUCACCACAGCCUCACAGCAGCUAUUACAGUGGCAUGACAGGCCCUCAGCAUCCCUUCUACAACAGGCCAUUCUUUGCCCCAUACCUUUACACGCCAAGGUAUUACCCUGGCGGCUCCCAACAUCUCAUCUCACGUCCAUCAGUAAAAACGAGUUUGCCCAGAGAUCAGAACAAUGGCCUAGAAGUUAUCAAGGAGGAUGCUGCUGAGGGGCUUUCUUCACCCACAGACUCCUCGAGGCCAUGUGACUCUGGGUUUAACAAACAGAGACAGGGGUCAGGCGCAGCCCCAGGCCCAGUGGUAUUACUGAAUUCACUGAAUGUGGAUGCAGUAUGUGAGAAGCUGAAACAAAUAGAAGGGCUGGACCAGAGUAUGCUGCCUCAGUAUUGUGCCACGAUCAAAAAGGCAAACAUAAAUGGCCGUGUGUUAGCUCAGUGUAACAUUGAUGAACUGAAGAAAGAGAUGAAUAUGAAUUUUGGAGACUGGCACCUUUUCAGAAGCACAGUACUAGAAAUGAGAAACGCAGAAAGCCAGGUGGUCCCUGAAGACCCACGUUUCCUCAGUGAGAGCAGCAGUGGCCCAGCCCCACACGGUGAACCUGCUCGCCGCACUUCCCACAGUGAGCUGCCUCACACCGAGCUCUCCAGCCAGACGCCCUACACACUCAACUUCAGCUUUGAAGAGCUGAACACGCUUGGCCUGGACGAAGGUGCCCCUCGUCACAGUAAUCUAAGUUGGCAGUCACAAACUCGCAGAACCCCAAGUCUUUCGAGUCUCAAUUCCCAGGAUUCCAGUAUUGAAAUUUCAAAGCUUACUGAUAAGGUGCAGGCCGAGUAUAGAGAUGCCUAUAGAGAAUACAUUGCUCAGAUGUCCCAGUUAGAAGGGGGCCCAGGGUCUACAACCAUUAGUGGCAGAUCUUCUCCACAUAGCACAUAUUACAUGGGUCAGAGUUCAUCAGGGGGCUCUAUUCAUUCAAACCUAGAACAAGAAAAGGGGAAGGAUAGUGAACCAAAGCCCGAUGAUGGGAGGAAGUCCUUUUUAAUGAAGAGGGGAGAUGUUAUCGAUUAUUCAUCAUCAGGGGUUUCCACCAAUGAUGCCUCCCCCCUGGAUCCUAUCACUGAAGAAGAUGAAAAAUCAGAUCAGUCAGGCAGUAAGCUUCUCCCAGGCAAGAAAUCUUCCGAAAGGUCGAGCCUCUUCCAGACAGAUUUGAAGCUUAAGGGAGGUGGGCUGCGCUAUCAGAAACUCCCAAGUGACGAGGAUGAAUCUGGCACAGAAGAAUCAGAUAACACUCCUCUGCUCAAAGAUGACAAAGACAGAAAAGCCGAAGGGAAAGUAGAGAGAGUGCCAAAGUCUCCGGAACACAGUGCUGAGCCGAUUAGAACCUUCAUUAAAGCCAAAGAGUAUUUAUCGGAUGCCCUUCUUGACAAAAAGGAUUCAUCGGAUUCAGGAGUGAGGUCCAAUGAGAGUUCUCCCAAUCACUCUCUGCACAACGAAGUGGCGGAUGACUCCCAGCUUGAAAAGGCAAAUCUCAUAGAGCUGGAAGAUGACAGUCACAGCGGAAAGCGGGGAAUCCCACAUAGCUUGAGUGGCCUGCAAGAUCCAAUUAUAGCUCGGAUGUCCAUUUGUUCAGAAGACAAGAAAAGCCCUUCCGAAUGCAGCCUGAUAGCCAGCAGCCCUGAAGAAAACUGGCCUGCGUGCCAGAAAGCCUACAACCUGAACCGAACGCCCAGCACUGUGACUCUGAACAACAACAGUGCUCCAGCCAAUAGAGCCAAUCAAAAUUUUGAUGAGAUGGAGGGAAUUAGGGAGACUUCUCAAGUCAUUUUGAGGCCUAGUUCCAGUCCCAACCCAACCACUAUUCAGAAUGAGAAUCUAAAAAGCAUGACACAUAAGCGAAGCCAACGUUCAAGUUACACAAGGCUCUCCAAAGAUCCUUCGGAGCUCCAUGCAGCGGCCUCUUCUGAGAGCACAGGCUUUGGAGAAGAAAGAGAAAGCAUUCUUUGAGAAAAACAAGCAAAGGAGAAGAGUAUUACUGUACCCUUAUGACAGAAUUGUCCUGGAUUUUGACUCCAUCCAUGCCCAUCACCUUUCUACAUUUCACUGACAGAUAAGUAACGGAUGAUGAGGCCGAGGUAGAAGAGACAUCCGCAGUGUGACAGAAGGGAGCACGAGAAGCAUGACUCACCAGCCAGCCUCUAUUGUCUUUGUAAUUAGAAGCUUCAGAACUCAUUAAUACCACUGUACCUUUCAUUGGCGCAUUACCCCGUAAAACUUUUUGAGACGAGGUGAGAUCUGGGUAUAAAGAUAGGUCAGAAGUAUUUUAAAGGGCUUAAUUUGCCAAAAAGAAAAGUAAAAAGCUAGAGACCCUUUUUGCAGAACAUUUGGUGCCCACACAUUUGAGGGAAGAUGUGGCUUUAGAUGAAGCAGAAGCAAACCCUGCUCUUAGGGUCUCAUCUAGAUGAGUGCACAGCCUAUGACACUACAGGGAGAGGUCAGUAAACUGAGAUCCAGCCUUCUGGGUGACAGAGGCAUUGCUUAUCACAGAGGUUCUGAAGUUUAAGUAGCAAGUACAUAAUGAAGAGGGCUUUAAAAAUUGCUGAGAAAGCGAGUCACCAGGGCUGGCAGUAGUGUCACGGGGCUGUCCUGAGCUGUUAGGAGAGCAGAUGCUGGGAGGGCUGGUGACCUCUGUGGGUUUAUCUGUUGGAGACUCUUCUCUCCAAAUCCCAGGCUUGGCUUCCAGCACCAUCCAGCUGUGCCUAAGAAGCCACCCUGGUCUGUUCUCCAACUCUUUUAAAUGCUGCCCAACUUUUCUAAGUGAGCUUAGCAAUGAGAAGAAAAAAAAAACAUGAAUUCUUUUUCUGGAAAAUCAGGGAAACAUGGAUAAUAAUAGGCACUAAUAAAUAUUUAUAGAUGAGUGAAUGAGGAAAUAAUUACAUCAAAAAGGUCAGUGACAAUUGAUAAAUGACAAGGAAAUAUUUAAUUAGGUAAAACUAAAUCAUUGCUCUCUAUUCUAGGAUAGACUUUAUCUACUUCGUCUAUUCCUAAGUCAGCAUGUUAAUUCUGGGGGAGGAUCAUAAGAAAGGAAAUACUUUUUAAAAAAAAGUCUAAAAACAUGUUACAAAGCAAGGAUAAAAUUAUAUAUAUACACACACAUAUAUAUAUAUGUGGUGUGACUGUAAAACUGUACUUUCCAUUAAUUAUUAGCAGAGUUAAGAGAAUGAUCACAUUGAAGUACUGUGUGGACUAGAAAUGUGCCCUGUCAUCAUGCAAUGAAAUGUUGUUAUCGUUUUCACAUAGCUCAUUUAUGUAGAAUGAAUUCUGGCGGUUUACCCCACGUCACAGUUAGGACGGUAGAUGGUGAGAUCGCAGAUGCGCGAUUAUCUAGAUUCCGUGUUACAUUUUCAAUGUUUAUCACUCAGUGGAUUUUUAUUAAUAUGCUGAUUAAGUUAUUUACUUGGCCAGUCAUUGUGCUAAAUAGUUGCUCUUUUGUGUUUCAUUGCCGUGAUGUUUGAGUGUAAUCUAGCAUUUUAAUACAGUGUUUAUUUUGCAUGAUCUUUAACAAACGUGUUAAGCAAUUUUAAAAAGGCAGGAUGUUGUUGACAUUAUACACUGAAGUCUUAACAUUUUAAUAUUUAUAGUGCUUAUUAGUUUGCAAAGUUGUAUACUUAGGAAUUAUUUCAGAGACAAUGUUUUCUUUUUCAGGUGAGUAGUUGCCGCGUAAUAUCAUUGGAUACAUUCUUUAUACUGUUUGUGAAAUUAAUACUAGCAUAUUAAGUGUAUAAAUAGAUUUAGAAAACAAUAAAAAAUUGCAUGCUA